AUGGGGUGCGCGCGCGCGCCCGGGCCGGCACCCACGGCCUUGGAUCGAGGCCACAGCGGCGGCACCCGGAUCCCGGACGGGGAGGCUGACUUCUCCCACCGCACUUGGCACUUUCCCACCGUCGGAGGGCACGGUGGGCCCACUGGGCCGCCGCUCCCCUCCAAUAGGCGGUCUGCCUGGGCCCGAGGCCCCGCCCACCGCCCGUGUCAGCCAAUCACCCGGCAGGCGCGCCCCCUGGGCUCCUGCGGACCGCCCCCCUCCGGCCGCUUCUUCCGGGUGGGGCCCGGGCGGCGGCGAUGGCGCCCCUGGGCGCUGCUCAGCCCGGGGGUCCUGGUGCGGACCGGGCACACCGUGCUGACCUGGGGUAUCACGCUGGUGCUCUUCCUGCACGACACCGAGCUUCGGCAGUGGGAGGAGCAAGGGGAGCUGCUCCUGCCCCUCACCUUCCUGCUGCUGGUGCUGGGCUCCCUGCUGCUCUACCUGGCCGUGUCCCUCAUGGAUCCUGGCUAUGUGAACACUCAACCCCAGCCCCAGGAGGAGCCCAAGGAGGAACAGACGGCCAUGGUCCCUCAGGCCAUCCCGCUCCGGCGCUGCAGAUACUGCCUGGUGCUGCAGCCCCUGCGGGCCCGGCAUUGCCGUGACUGCCGCCGCUGCGUGCGUCGCUACGACCACCACUGCCCGUGGAUGGAGAACUGCGUGGGGGAGCGCAACCACCCGCUCUUCGUGGCCUACCUGGCCCUGCAGCUGGUGGUGCUCCUGUGGGGCCUGUACCUGGCGUGGUCUGGCCUCCGGUUCUUCCAGCCCUGGGGGCUGUGGCUGCGGUCCAGCGGGCUCCUCUUCGCCACCUUCUUGCUGCUGUCGCUUUUCUCCUUGGUGGCCGGCCUGCUCCUGGCCUCGCACCUCUACCUGGUGGCCAACAACACGACCACCUGGGAGUUCAUCUCCUCCCACCGCAUCGCCUACCUCCGCCAGCGGCCCAGCAACCCUUUUGACCGCGGCCUCACCCGAAACCUGGCCCACUUCUUCUGCGGCUGGCCCUCGGGCCCCUGGGAGACGCUCUGGGCCGAGGAGGAGGAGGAGGAGGAAGGCAAGAGCCAGGCCGUGUAGGCUCACUCAGGGUGAUGCCGGGCGCGUCCCGCCAGGCCCCGGGCUCCCCACGCCUCCCC